CCGUGAAUACAGAAGGUGUUUCAAGAAGUGGUAAAAUGGAGUCAGCUGGUGCUUAUGGUGGUGGCAAAGCUGGUGGAGCCUUCGAUCCUCAGGCUUUUGUUCAAAAGCCUCCCGUUAUUGUUCGCUCCGUUUGUUGGCUGUUCAGUGUGAUUGUAAUGGGCUGUAUAUCUGCCAAGGGCUGGUACAUCAGCAAAACAGACAGCAAAGAGUACUGUGUCUACAACGAUGAUACAAAUGCUUGCAAUUAUGGAGUCGGAAUCUCAGUCAUAGCAUUUGUUGCAUCUAUAGCUUUCAUUGUGGGAGAAUACUUGUUUGAACAAAUGUCCUCCGUGAAGACAAGAAAACAUUAUGUUCUUGCUGAUAUGGGAUUUUCUGCGUUCUGGGCGUUUUUAUAUUUCGUGGGCUUCUGUUAUUUGUCCAACGCCUGGGGUAAGACCGAGAACCCGCCGAUGGGUACAGCCAACAACAUGCAGGGAGCCAUCGCGUUCUGUUUCUUCUCGAUUUUUGCUUGGGUAGCGUGUGCGUUCUUCGCAUUCCAACGCUUCCGUAUGGGCGCUGACGCGGCCUUCGCUCCCGCAUACGAAGUGGAAGGCGCUGGCAGCCCGGGUACCUUCCCCGCCUACCCCGGCGCUCCGGACCCACAGCCGGCGUACAGCGACCCACCCUUCCAACAACAACACACUGGUAACAUGGACUACACCGCCCCUACAUACUGAGCACACUCACACACAAACACACUUGACAAGUGAGUUAUAAUUAAUACUGUAUAAAUCAUAUCUCGUACAGAUCUCAUUAAAACAUACCCUGUGACUAUUCUAUGUUUGAAAUUAUUUAAAAUAUUUAUAAAAAAAAAAACUAGUCAAAAAUACCGGCCAUUUUGUUUGUUAUUUUUAAAGUAUUAAUUGUAACUUAAUUGGUAAUAAACACAGUCUUAAAAUUGAUUUGCUCUAAGCGAGUGUAUUUUUGAAGUUAAAGAGAAUAAUAUAUAACAGAAAUUGAAUCUCUGAAAAUAUAUAACAAUAUUGAUAUUUUAUAAAACUUCAUCAAUAAUUAAUUCUGUUAAGAAGAAAGUGGUUUUUAUUAAUCAAAUAGUGUUAACGUAAAGUAUGUAUUGAACCUUCACCGUACCUACCCGCAGCUAGGGUUAUUGACAAUAUAUGAAAUUUGUAAAUAACAUGAAAAAGUUAUAUUUUUAUAUUAUUUUUUCAUUGUGAUAUUUUGUUUUGUAUUGUAUAGUUAUUUAUUUAAAUUAUUUUAUUUAUCAUACUUGUUAAGUUUUAUUUUUUUCCAAAGACAAAAUUAUAGAGGAUUGUUUUUGAUUAUGCUGACAAUACUGUUAAUGUGACACCGGUUGCAGACUCGCACUGAAUGUUAGAAACGAAAGUAAUCAAAUCAUCUAUAAACCAAAUGAUAGCUUUUAAGAAUAGCUUAUAUAUUGAAAUAUUGUUUUAGAAUCAAUAUAUAUUAAUAAUUCAUUUAAUGUAGGCGAUAUGCAUAUCGAUAUUUUCACAUACUAUAGUUAAUUUUAUCCUGAAAAUAGUAUAAAAUGUAAGUGUCAUACAAAUGAGUCAUUUCUUUCUGUGACAUUUGAUUCUGACAGAUCACUAAUAAAAAGUCACAGAUUAAAAAGAAAAGACUCGGCUGUUUGAUAUCUAAUAUUUCUCGAAAUAUAUAAUUAAAUAUUUGCUGUUGACAAGCUUUGCUGUGUUAAAAUAUUUGUAUAAGUGUAAUUAGGAAUUAUCAACCAUAUUUAUAGUGAAAUAUUUAAUAGCGUUUCAGUAUUAUUCUACGUCUAUAAAUAAUUAUAUCGUUUAAACUGUAUAUUUUUAUUAAUAAAGUGUUUAGUACAAAGCUAAAUAGUCGUCUGUGGUAAUUAAUUAUUCGUAAAAAGUAUAUAACAUAUAUAAAUAUUAAAUUUUAUCGGAAACAUUUCCGAUUUAAUUCUGAUUACCAUCGACACUAGUUGUUAACUUAGAUUGCACUUUGUCCUAGAGUAGCAAUAGUCUAUGUAAAAUGCUAUUUUGAAUGUUAUAAUUUUUAACAGUAGUGUGAUCAUAUCAGUUGUACGCUAAAUAAUAUAUUUUUAACAUUACAUAGAUUAUAUAUUAUUGCAAUUAAAUGUACCUAGUUAUUGCAGUGGGCUCAUAAACCAAAGACAGAAACCAAAUUGCUGGCCAAUAGUAAGAUUCCAUUAGUAUAUACCAUUCGGAUAGAUGAAAAUGUUGUAAUGCUUUGUAAGAUAAAAAAAUAAUCUUUAUAUUGUAGAGAUAUUUAUGUAGAUGUACCACAUACCUAGUACUGUUCAGAUACUAAUUAAUUAUCUUCGGAUACCAGAUUGUUUAAGUGUUGACUAUACUACGUGUCAUUUGUAUGUGACUUAAUAUUAUUCAAUAGAUAUUAUAUGACUUACUGAACUUCAUGAUAACAGACUCACCUGUACUUACAUUAUGUGGAAGUAUAUUUUUAUUAAUAUAAAAGUGUUAGAAUAUUUAAUCCAUUCUAAUAAGGUUAGAUGUUAUCGGCUUGACUUUGCAAUUGUUAACAUUUCAAUAAACUUUGGUUCAUCGACUGAACAUAAUUAUUAUAAUUAUCUUUGAUUAAAAUAUAUCUCAUUGUCUAAAUACUAAUUUGUUCUGGAUGAAAUUAAUUGUGAAAACUAUUCUACGAGGCCUAAAAUGUCUUAAAUCUGAAUAUAACAUUGUGAAUGAGUUAAAGACUAUGCUUAUUGUACCACAUAUAAAUGUUACACGCACAAGAAUUAAAAAUUAGAUAAUUAUGUUCAGUGUUAGCCGAGGCCUGUCUCGUGAAGCGCCAUGUUAUUGUAAAAUCAUGUAAAUGAGAAUUGAAAUAAAUUGGAUUAUAGAUGUGUA